AUGGAGGAGGUGAUGGAGGAGGUGAUGGAGGAGGUGAUGGAGGAGGUGAUGGAGGAGGUGAUGGAGGAGGUGAUGGAGGUGGUGAUGGAGGAGGUGAUGGAGGAGGUGGUGGAGGAGGUGAUGGAGGAGGUGAUGGAGGAGGUGAUGGAGGAGGUGAUGGAGGAGGUGAUGGAGGAGGUGAUGGAGGAGGUGAUGGAGGAGGUGAUGGAGGAGGUGACGGAGGUGGUGAUGGAGGAGGUGAUGGAGGAGGUGAUGGAGGAGGUGAUGGAGGUUGUGAUGGAGGAGGUGAUGGAGGAGGUGGUGGAGGAGGUGAUGGAGGAGGUGAUGGAGGAGGUGAUGGAGGAGGUGAUGGAGGAUGUGAUGGAGGAGGUGAUGGAGGAGGUGAUGGAGGAUGUGAUGGAGGAGGUGAUGGAGGAGGUGAUGGAGGAGGUGAUGGAGGAGGUGAUGGAGGUGGUGAUGGAGGAGGUGAUGGAGGAGGUGGUGGAGGAGGUGAUGGAGGAGGUGAUGGAGGAGGUGAUGGAGGAGGUGAUGGAGGAGGUGAUGGAGGAGGUGAUGGAGGAGGUGAUGGAGGAGGUGAUGGAGGAGGUGAUGGAGGUGGUGAUGGAGGAGGUGAUGGAGGAGGUGACGGAGGAGGUGAUGGAGGAGGUGAUGGAGGAGGUGAUGGAGGAGGUGAUGGAGGUGGUGAUGGAGGAGGUGAUGGAGGAGGUGGUGGAGGAGGUGAUGGAGGAGGUGAUGGAGGAGGUGAUGGAGGAGGUGAUGGAGGAUGUGAUGGAGGAGGUGAUGGAGGAGGUGAUGGAGGAUGUGAUGGAGGAGGUGUAG